AUGAAAGAGCCGCUUUGCGAAUUUCACUGCUUCUCCAGGCUUCCCACCGAGAUCCAGCUCUCGAUCUGGGAAGCUUGGAGAGAGGAUGCUCCUCCAGUCCGCCAUCACUUCAUGCUCGGUGCGUCCGGCACGGAAUACGUCGCGUUCGACUGUGGUACCCAAUCUUGGAUGUCUGCAGAGGCUGCCUUGGGCGAUCAUGUAGAUCCCAUAUAUCACCAGAUCCGCUUCACCAACAAGAUCAACUUUGCUCAACCCACGAUAUCCCGUGGUGCCAUGUUCCCCUACGCUCAGAGUUAUUUUGACGACCCCGGCGCCGAUUAUGCCGGAGAUUACUGUCGAACAGCACAUGCCUGGGUCAACUUUGAGAAGGACAUUUUCUUCAUUGAUGAUAUUCGUCUCGAAUCCCGAGAAAGACUGCAUUUGCUGUCGCGCGAUGUCCAUCGUCAACAACCGGCAACAUUCCAAGGCAACCAUUGGGCUACCAAGAUACAAAGACUUGCCUUUUACGUCAAUAUAGCAGGGCCGGCAAAAGCUUGGGUACACUGGGACAAAACAGAUAUUAUCACUCUAGCGAAUAUGUCCUCGUUAAAGGAGAUAAUUUUGGUAAUCCGAUGCAAAGGUUGUUGUUACUUUUAUGGCGAUGAGGCGGACUCGUGUGGUUUCAUUCAAAAGAUCGACAGACAAGACAACUCACCAGCCUCUCCCAAGUUUUUUUGUAAAUGGUAUCAUGAAUGCAUCACGGCGAGCUUGGGGCCCUGGAGUCCCUUGAAGCCCCUUUGCACGACCUUGGCCAAACGUGCACAUGAACUGGAAGUCGAGGUGGCAAGGUGCCUUGCUAGGGCAGGCAGGUCUACUGUCGAGGUCAAGGUCGUGACCGAUGGCGUAGAUAAACAUGCAUAUAUCGUCAAGGAGAGUAGACAAUGA